AUGCGGGUAUCGGUCUACCCAAGCUGGAACGCAGCGCGAGCGACCACAACCGAACCAUUCAAUUUGUUUACUGCCGGGCUACUGCCGAAUGUAGAGGGGAGUGCAGAGAAGACAGGCUCUCCUGCGCGUAUUGCCUGGGUCGGCAAUCGCGCGCACGAGGCCAUAAGCCUGGAUAAGAAACCUCCUAUCAAGCCCGAUGAAGGUCUACUUGCGCAUAUGGACAGCGAAGAUGCCUGCGUCCCGUUCCAGCGCUACGGGGACUUGAAGCAACCUUGCGCGACAUUCAUAUACAGGUUGGCGCCGCGGCUGGAUCCCAAGGAAGUCAUUAUCAACAUGAUGUGCCCGGGAAUGGUGAAUACCAACAUGCGCGACGUUCUCCCCCUGCAUAUGCGCUUGAUUGUGAACCUUGUCAUGUCCUUCCGCGCCAGACCUAUCCUGCAUAGUGCACUGGUGGCGGGCCCCAAGUCUCAUGGCAAGUUCUUGAACGACAAGACCAUAUCUAAGUUGGUGAUAGGCUUUGUCGGUCCAUGUCAAUCUCGUCUCAAUGAAAGCUAUCAUCAUCUGAUUGGAAUGUUGCAGGGUGAGGAAAUUGCGUUAUUGGACAAUGCCAAUUCCUACUUUGUAAGCUCGCGAGAGAUCUGGAUAGCUGGUGGCAUCAUACUUUGGAGUUAG